GAGUCGAGCUUCUCUCCGUAACCACGCCUCUCCGUCCUGCAAUGGGCCGGAAGAAGUCUGUUAGAGGGUCUGGGCCCGAGGGGACCAAAAGCGGUGGCCGGCGGGCUCAAGGCUGUUCCCGGGCCUCGCGUUCCUUAGACAGCUUCACCGAGGAGGUUGAGGCGGCGCUUCUCGCCUCUGUAGAAAAAGAUGCUUCAGCUGAUGGUGCCUCCUCCAAGCUGGAACUGCCUUGCCCCCUGGCCAUGUGGGAGCUGGGCCACUGUGACCCCCGGAAAUGCACUGGCAGGAAGCUGGCCCGGCAGGGCCUUGUUCGAACUCUCCGACUGAAUCAGAGGUUCAACGGCCUUAUUCUCAGCCCCAUGGGCACCCACUAUGUAUCACCGGCAGAUAAACAGCUGGUAGCUCAGUGUGGAGUUGCAGUCAUUGACUGCUCAUGGGCCAAACUAGAAGAAACUCCAUUUGGGAAGAUGCGAGGAACCCAUCUUCGUUUGCUGCCCUACCUGGUGGCUGCCAACCCUGUCAACUAUGGGAGGCCCUGCAAGCUAUCCUGUGUGGAGGCUUUUGCUGCCACUUUUUGCAUCCUGGGCUUUUCUGAUCUUGCCAUCAUCUUGCUACGAAAAUUUAAAUGGGGAAAGGGAUUUUUGGACCUGAAUGGUCACCUUCUAGACAAGUAUGCAGCUUGCAGUGGCCCCGAGGAUGUGUUAAAGGUUGAAAAGGAGUUCCUGGCUGCUGCUGGCGAGAAACCUGAGGAGGAAAUAGAUCCAUUUGAUGUGGACUCAGGUAGAGAAUUCGCAAAUCCUAAUAGACUUGUGGUCCCUGCCAGAAUGACUAAUGAUAGUGAUGAAGAAGAAUCAGAGGAGGAAGAGGAUGAAGAAGAAGAUGAAGAACAGGAAGACAGCAGUAAUGAUGAAAGCCUUGAUGAAAGGAAUCAAAAGGUAUUAUCUGCCACAGUGAACACAGAUGUUUGGAAAGGAAUCAAGAAAAGACAAAGAGACUGACUAGUGCUCAAUACAGCUGUAUUUGCCAAACCUGGAUUACAAAUCUAGAAACCAUGGAGACCCAUUCAUUUGUUCAAACUUGGAAUCAGUGAACUUAGCCAACUCUAUUCAGGAAUUGUAGAACUGGACAUUUUCAUCUGUUUUAAUAUUUUCUCCAUCACUGAAGCCAGCUGAAGUUGUGGGGAUUUUUAGGGGAGUGAGGGAUUUGUCUAUGAGCUAUCAUAAUAAAGUUGAAAACCCAGA